AUGGGCCUGUGGCGCACGCCCAUUCCAUACGAUCUGCUGGAAACGCGGACCUUUUCGAUCAUUGCGCAUAUUGAUCAUGGCAAGUCGACGUUGGCUGAUCGGCUGCUUGAGCUGACCCAUACGAUUCCUAGCGAUGCAUCGAACAAGCAGGUCCUAGAUAAGCUCAAGGUCGAGCGGGAGCGCGGCAUUACCGUCAAGUCGCAGGCUGUGAGCAUGCUAUACCAACCGCCGACGCGGUCCCAGCCCCUGCUGCUCAACUUGAUCGAUACGCCAGGGCAUGUGGACUUUGCGUACGAAGUACGACGGAGCUUAUCCGUGUGUCAGUCUGCGCUGCUCGUGGUCGAUGCGACGCAGGGCAUUCAAGCGCAGACCAUCUCUGUGUACAAAAUUGCGCAGCAAUGUGGCCUGACGGUCAUUCCUGUCCUUAACAAGGUCGAUCUGCCUGCGUCUGAUCCAGAGCUCUGCAUGCUGCAGCUAGAAGAGAUACUAGGGCUGGAUACCACGACGCAUGUGCCUUUGCAGGUCAGUGCCAAGACCGGGCAGGGUGUUGACGCGGUGCUGCAGGCACUGGUCGAGCGUACGCCGGCGGUGCCAGGCGUGGAUGGCAUGUCGUUAGCGCAGCGCGAGCCGUCUGGCUUGCGUGCGCUGGUGUUUGACAGCUGGUACGACAAGUACCGUGGCGUGAUUGCCUUAGUGAGUAUCCAUGAUGGGGCUGUGAAGAAAGGCGAUAUCAUUGUGGCCUACCACAGUGGGAAGCGCUAUGAGGUGCUGGAUUUGGGCGUGAACAACCCUGAGCCUGUCUCGACGCCCAUCCUGCGCAAGGGGCAGGUGGGGUGGCUUAUUACCACGAUGAAGGAGACGGCCGAAGCAAGUAUUGGCGAUACGUUCCAUCGCGCUGGCGAGACCAUUGAACCGCUGGACGGCUUCCGUCCUGCACAGCCCACCGUCUUUGCAGGUAUAUUCCCUACGGACAAGGCCGACUUUUUGAAACUGGAAGAUGCGAUUCAGCGGCUGUGCAUCAACGACCGCUCGAUCACGCUCCAGAAAGAGUCCAUGACCGCGCUGGGCCAAGGCUACCGCCUGGGCUUUUUGGGUACGCUGCAUCUGGACGUGUUUCGCCAGCGACUCGAGGACGAGUACGAUCAUGAGAUCCUCGUUACGACGCCGACUGUGCCGUUCCGUGUCACGUACAAGGAUGGGCGCCAAGUGCUUUGCUCCAACCCGGUGGAUUUUCCCGACGAGGGGCAGCGCAAAACGCAGGUCGAGCGACUGGAGGAGCCUACCGUGCUGGGCUCGCUGGUGUGCCCGGAAGAGUACACGGGCGCAAUGAUGGAGCUGUGUGCAGAGCAUCGUGGCGAGCAGCUGGACAUUGAUUUUACGACCUCGGGACAGUCGCAAGUCCACAUGCAGUACCGAUUGCCGUUAGCAGAGAUCGUGACAGACUCACGCAGUAGUGGCUUCGCUUCGUUUGACUACGAAGACUCGGACUAUGUCGCAUCGGAUUUGGUCAAGAUGUCCUUCCUUGUCGCUGGCACGCCUGUGGAUGCGCUGGAACUGGUCCUCCAUCGAUCGAAGGCCAGCUUGGUCGGCCGCUCGUUUGUGAAGCGGCUCAAAGAGGCCAUUCCGCGCCAGCAGUUUGAGAUUAAGAUUCAAGCAUGUAUCGGGAGCAAAGUGCUGGCGAGUGAGACGCUCAGUGCGUACCGCAAGGACGUCACGGCCGGCCUCUAUGGCGGCCACUACGAACGGAAACUCAAGCAUCUCAACAAACAAAAGGAAGGCAAGAAACGUCUCAAAGCCAUGUCCCUCGGCAAAGUGCAAGUACCUCACAAAGCUUUCAUGGAUAUUCUCGACACACGUGUCAAGUCCUAA